UCACAUAAAGUCUCCUCUUAUAUCUUUAUUUCCUUCUGCACUUUUCUCACUGCUCUCUUCAGUUCAUUAAGGAAACCAAGCAGAAUGGACACCUCUUACCCCCGUGACGAUUUUUUUCUGACACCCCCUACAAAACCAGACAAUUCUCACACAGUUAUCACCGUCGGAGACCCCACACCACCUCGGGAUCAUCUGCUGUGGUCUGUGUGCAACACUGUGUAUCUGAACCUCUUCUGCCUGGGCUUUACAGCUCUGGUCUACUCUGUCAAGGCUAGAGAUCAGAAGGUUCUGGGAGACGAUCGGGCUGCAAGGAACUAUGGUCAGAAAGCUCGCUGCUACAACAUAUUGGCCACAAUAUGGAACGUCACUCUGCCCCUGUUGGUGCUGGCGCUGCUGAUCACAGGCAUUGUGCACCUCUCUCAGGUCGUCAACGCCUCUCUUGACCUGUUCAAUCUUCGGGGUUACUUGGUCAGCAGUGACGAUGACAAGUAGAAGCCAUAAGCCAAGUUGCUAUGACUGUCGGGGACACAGGAAGCCAGAAGAUUAUUUCCUAAGGCCACAGAUGAACACAAGGACUCCAAUGAUUCAAAUAUCUCCAACAUUACCGUCUUUAUACAUUUUAUCAACCCUGGUAGAAAAAAAAUCAAUCAUAGACUGAAACACAUCUGUAAAGUCAGGAAUCCAGAAAGUGUUUGUAAUGAGAAGCACAGAAUACAGAUAUUCACAAACUUCAUUAAAGGGACAUUGUACACUAGAAUUGCAUACAUGUUUUGUAGAUGAUCCAUUUAUAUAGCCCAUCUGGGUGUGUUUUUGUAACAAAUAUAUAGUUGUGCUUAUUUUUAAUAACAUUGUGCUGAUUUUCAGACUCCUAACCAAGCCCCAAAGUUUUAGAUGUAUACUGAUGUAUACAGACUUCAGACUGCUUCUGUUUAAUGGGUCUUUUCACUUGUAGGGGAGGGAGCAGGGUCUGCUCUCAGCCCCUCCCACUGGGUGUCCCAGCCUAACCUCAUCAACAGUGCUAAACUGGGAGCUUCUAAGUAAGAUUUUAAAUGGUUUUAUACUGGAUGUUUAAUAUCUGUGCAUAUUCUUCUUUAUAUUAGUGUCUAUUACAUGCAGUGAUAUGAAAAUUGGUGUAUACUGUCCCUUUAACAAAGUCUUAUUGUAUAUGAUGUCUUCUGCAAUGACCUCCAGAGAUGGAAGUCGCUUUAUGCUUUUUUUUUCCUUAUCAGAAGCAAUGUGAAUUCUGUUUGUAAUUUUAUGAUAAGCAUCUUAAAAUAGGUCUAUACCACUGACCUUUAACGUUAAAGGGAAUACAUAUUAAUUAAUGGGACAGUAUAGUGAAUUUAAAGUCAUGAUUCAGAUAGAGCAUGUAAUUUAAAAAAUCCAAUUUAAUGUUUUUGAUUUUUUCUUGGUAUCCUUUGUUGAAGAAUAAACCUAGGUAGGCUUAGGAGCGUGCACAUCUUUAUCAUGUUUGCACAUUGAAAUUGAUCAUAACCUUGUAAAAAAAAUAUCUAACGAAAAAUCAUUAGAUAAGCCUUUCUAACAGAUUGUGACUGCCCCAAAGAUUGCAGCAAUGUUAUAUAUUGUGCACACGCUUGAGCUCAUCAGGAAAUACCAAGAGAAUGAUGCAAAUUUAAUAACAAGUACAUUGGAAAGAUUUGUUUUAAAUUGCAUGAUCUCUCUAAACCAUGAAAAGUAUAUUUUAACUUUACUGACCCAUUAAAGGAAUAGUCAGUCAAAAGGAAAUGUUCAUGAUUCAGAUAGAGCAAGCAAUUUUAAGCAACUUUACUCCUAUUAAUUUUUCUUUGUUCUCUUGGUAUCUUUAUUUGAAAAAAAGUAAUAAUGUAAGCUUAGGAGCCAGCCCAUUUUUGGUUCAGCACAUGGGUAGCCCUUUCUGAUUGGUGUCUAAAUAUAGCUACCAAUUAGCAAGCGCUACCCAGGUUCUUAACCAAAAAUGGUCCGUCUCCUAAGCUUAAAUUCAAAUAAAGAUACCAAGAGAAUGAAGAAAAAUUGAUAAUAGGAGUAAAUUAGAAAGUUGCUUAACCCCAUAGUGACCAGACCAUUUUUCAAUUUUCUUACCCUUAAAGGGACAUUAAGCCCCCAAAAAUAUUGUAUGAUUCACAUAGAGGAUACAAUUGUAAACAACUUUCCAAUUAACUUCUAUUUUGUAAUUUGCUUAAUUCUUCAGAUAUCCUUUCUUAAAGAAAUAGCAAUGCACAUGGGUGAGCCAAUCACAGAAGGCUUCUAUGUGCAGCCACCAAUCAGCAGCUACUAAGCCUAUCUAGAUAUGCUUUUCAGCUAAGGAUAUAAAGGAAAUGAUGCAAAUUAGAUAAUAAAAGUAAAUUAGAAAGUUGUUUAACAUUGCAUGCUCUUUUCAAAUCAUGAAAGAAAAAAUAUGGGUUUCAUGUCCCUUUAAGGACCAGGGCUACUGUUACAUUUCUGCGGUGUUUGUGUUUAGCUGUAAUUUUCCUCUUACUCAUUUACUGUACCCACACAUAUUAUAUACAGGUUUUUCUCGCCAUUAAAUGGACUUUCUCAAGA